AUGUCCACUCCGUCUUCUCCUCCUGUUAGCGUUGCCUAUGUUCCUUACCAAGCAUACAAGUCAAAGAGGCAUUCACACACACUAUCUAGUUCGACUGCCCAUUUAACGCCAAACCAAUCUCCCCCUCCAGUAUCUAGGCCUCCAAGUAGUGCAGUUGACACCUUGACUCUUCCCCCAAAGCUGGUUCUUGACGGCGAGAGCGAGCAAAUUCACGAAUCAACGCGGCAUGUUUCCCCCACAUCCCUUUUAGUGCCGCAACAAACCCACAACAGUCAUACCAUAUCCACUCAGCAUGGACUAGAAUCUGUGUCUUCCUUGUCCUCUGGUUUCUUGUCAAGUAAUCCCACUGAACCACAGACUUCCGUUGAAUUGCAGGCUACCCCGCAGUCCAAGGUGGUGGUCGCACAUCAAGCCCCUAAAAUAUCCACACCUUCACCAGGUCCAUCUAAUUCUCAAUCUGUACCGAAGAAGGGUUCGACAUUUAGACGCGUGCAACCUAAAAGCACUCGCCCUAAGCUGUCAGCGACACAUUCUAGAGAAAGUUCAUCGUCAUCACCGGCUCCUGUUCUUCACAAAGUACAGGGCAAUGCGGAUAACCGCCCUCCUGCACCUGCACCUACAACGUCGCUACCCGUGAUAUCAACACCGACGGCCUUAAUACAUCCACUGCCUUCAAUCUCUCCCCCUCCUAUUGCUGAGCGGAGCACCUCCCUCGUAAGCCAGCAAUCAUAUACUUCGUUUGGUCAGGCAUCUUCUCAAGAUAGAUCUGCUAUACUGCGGACUACGUCCACCUCUACGGCGCCUGAUAAUGAAGGUUUAAUUCUGAAUAUCUCUGGGAAUUCCUCCCCUUUGCCGACUAGGAAACCAGCUCCGUAUCGUCCUGGUUUUCAGCCAAAAGGCGUUUACAGGCCACUCACCGACGAGUUUCUCGCUAUUCGAAGAACCCUGCACGAGGGGGAUGGGGAGGGAGGCAUGAAGCGGGUGGAACGAACAAAAUUGGAAAGGCGCCUUGAGAAACUUAUUGACUUGCAUUUCCCUCGCCAUACAUUUGAAGAUGGAACAAAAGAGAGUCUUCAGCCCGACAAACGGCCGGUCUUACGAUCGUCGAAGGAGGCGCGCAGAGCUUCAUCAUUUUUUGACUUCCAAACUUUGCGAAAUUUGAAUAUUAAUGACGCUGGCGAUCUUUGGAGAGGUGUAGUAAGUGGGAGUUUAGGAGACCCGGUCAGAAAUGAUAUCCGAGCCGCUGAACAACGCAUAACCCCUUGGCAAGACGAUGCAGCUGUUAGCAAGUGUCCAUUGUGCUCUGCCCUAUUUCAUGCUCUUACAAACCGCAAGCACCACUGCAGACUUUGCGGCCAAAUAGUAUGCUCCUUGCCAAUCAAGCUACACCAGAGAAAAGUUCUUUGUUCAAGCCUUUUUGUAGUGGACUCUGAGACACACCAAAUCGAAGAGGUCGGGGAAGGUGUUGAUUAUGGCGUAAGAAGGCGUAGAACAGAUAGCAUCUCUGGGAACCAAGGAAGGCAAAUAGAGGAGGAUAAAUUUCUCAAAGGUGUCCGCAUUUGUCGCGAGUGCCGGCCUGUCCUUCUUAAGCAACAGUAUUAUCAGCAAACACGUAUCACUCCCCCAUUUGCCUUGCUUUACACGGAUUUUAUUCGCCUUGAGUCUGCUAUAGAAGAGUCACUUCCGAAGUUCCAAGAACUGAUCAUGAGCUUGAAUCACCAUGACCAGCCGACUAAGGAAGCAUCCGCUGCUCGAAAGCGUUUAUUGGAUUCCUUCGCUCAGUACGACAAGCUAUCGAAAAAGAUCAGAGGCUUGCCUUGUCCUAACGGCCCAGGAAGCUCUCAGGAUCGCGUGCAAGCUGCUAUUUUAACCCGCGCCAAUCUUUUUCUUCAAAAAAACAUGUUCCCCCUCCAGUCAUUGCCAACGCCACAUUCUGGUAAAGGUGCUGGUACACCAAAUUCUCAGAAUGAUGGCGUCAUGAACACACCAUCGACUAUGUCCGCCGACGUCGACGCUGCUCUUGCUCAGAAACUUCAACCUUUAUUGGAACAAGAAGCCUUACUCGAAUCAUUUGUAGAAGAGGCACAAACGCAGCGCAAGUUUGAAGACGUAAAGACCCUCAAGGUCAAUCUUUUAGAGAUUCGCCAGGAGAUUGAAAGGUUAUUACAAGCAGUUCCCAAAGGAUCUCGAAAUUCUCUGUCCGAAGUUAAGUAG